GAAGGACCCGGCACGGCUCAUCGCGCGCGGCGCAUCCGCGGCAGCUGCGGACCCGACGGCGUCCGCCCCCUGCCCGGUCCCGCGGGCCGCCGCGGCGAGAGGGCCUCGGGCUGCGGUGCUGCGCUCGCGAGGGGCUGUGCGGCGUGGCUGGCGCGGGGACCGACACCGCAGGGCCUCUCAGCUGCUAGAGACUUCAGCCUUGGUGGCCAGACGCUCUCAACACAUUGCAGGUGCUUGCGGCUUCAGGAAGCUGCUCCUUGGGCUGGACCCAUCCUAUUAGGCAGCCCAGCCACCAUGGAGGCCCCAGAAGUCCCUGUGGGCUCCCUGAUUGACUUUGGGACUGAACCACCUACCUCCCCUCCUUUGGAAGCUGCACCUUCAACACUCCAGGACCCAGAUGGCUCCCUGGGUGAUGGUGCCUCUGAGAGUGAGACCACUGAGUCCGCAGACAGUGAGAAUGACAUGGGCGAGUCACCGUCACACCCAUCCUGGGACCAGGACCGACGCUCUUCCUCCAAUGAGUCCUUCUCCUCCAAUCAGAGUGCUGAUUCGGCCCCAGAUGAGGAGACCCUGGCACUUCGAGAGUUCAUGCGCAGCUAUGUAGAGAAGAUCUUCUCUGGAGGGGAGGACUUGGACCAGGAAGAGAAAGCCAAGUUUGGGGAGUACUGCAGCGGAGAGGAUGGGAAAGGCCGGGAGUGGUUCGCACGCUUUGUGAGCGCACAGCGCUGCAAGUCCAAGUGUGUGUCGGAGCCAACCUUCUACCGCCUGGUGCAGUCCUUCGCGGUGGUCCUGUUUGAAUGCCACCAGAUGGACGACUUUGGGCCUGCCAAGAACCUCAUGACCAUGUGCUUUACCUACUACCAUCUGGGCAAGCCGCACCUGCCCCCUGCAGAGCCCAGGGAGAAGGCAGCAGGCGGCAUUGAGUCCUACCUGAAGUCAGCUAACAGCUGGCUGGCUGAGAAGAAGGACACUGCUGAGCGGCUGCUGAAAAACACAGAGAAUGUGAAAGGCUUCUUCGGGGGGCUGGAGACCAAGCUGAAAGGACCGCUGGUCAGGAGAAAUGAGGAAGAUGAGAACAAGCCUAGGGGCAGACAGAUGAAGACUGUGACGGUGAUCAGCCCUGAGGAUGAGCAGAAGGGGGAGAAGGUUUACCUGUACACGCACCUGAGGCAGCAACCCAUCUGGCACACACUGAGGUUCUGGAAUGCGGCCUUUUUCGAUGCUGUCCACUGUGAGAGGCGGAAGCGAUCCCCCACCACCAGAGGGGAUGCUGCAGAGCAGGAGGAGAAGAGGGAGAAAUGGUGCCACAUGACCCAGGAAGAACGGGAUGACAGCCUGCGCUUCAAUGAGAACAUCACCUUCGGGCAGCUGGGCACGUUCACCCACAACAUGCUGGCCUUUGGCUUGAACAAGAAGCUAUGCAGCGACUUCCUGAAGAAGCAGGCUGUGAUCGGCAAUCUGGAUGAGGAGCAAUACAAGCUGCUAAGUGACCACAUCGAGCAAAUGGCCACGGAGUAGGGGAUCAGCACACGCUCUUCUCCCAGGAGCUGUCACCCCAGUGAUGACCCUGCAUGACACCAGCAGCACCCAGAGCCGCUCCUUGCUGCCCUAGAACUAGCAGUUAAAAGACUCCAGAAGCCUGUCUCCCCCUGCCUGUGUCUGCUCUCCCUCUAUGUAUAAGGUGUCCCUUGGGUUACACAGCUAAACAUAAGGGACCACCUACCCGCCCAUCCUUGAGCACCAGGCUUAUGAGAUGAGACGGAGGGUGGAGGAAGAGGCCAUGAGGUAUGGUCCCCCGAGUUCCUGCUGAGAGCCAGGGACGUGGUCACAGAGGUGCAGGAGGGGAUCCACACAGCUAUAAUGUGAGGACAGAAUCAGUACUGGGAGUGACAGCCUGCCACUCCCUGCCACAGGACUUCCUGUGAGCAUAAGCUGUAGAGAAGGACCGUGGAGCCUUCCUGAAAGGUCUUUGCUAUCUGCUCUUCUCCACCUCCUCACGGGACAGGAACUGAAAGAGAACUCAAGGGUUGUCACUUUCCUAGGGGCCUGAGCGUUCUGCCAGCCACAGCCAUGCCUCAGACUCAAGAGCUCCGUCAACAGAACCUAUGGACUGUGCACUCAACACAGUCUCUUCUUCAGUAGCACGGAAAGCCCUUCAGCUCCCAGGCAGCAGCAAUACAUGUCAUGGGGUGCAAGAAGCGUGGGGAAACGUUUUCAGCAGCUCUGGGGGGACAGCCUUGCUAAGAGCAGUGGUUCAGCCGGAGCACACAGAACAGAUAUGACUGAGGGAGGAGAACACAGGGAAGCAAGGUUGCCUGGUAGCUCCAGCCCACAGUCCUCUCCUCCUGAAAGACCCACAGUGAUCUGCCUCCUCUGCAUCCUUGUACCAGGUCUGACCCUCAGCAUCCAGCGUGCUGGUCCUGUCCACCCCUGUGGCCUUGGUCUCUUCUGUGCCAGCCAUUCUGGUCGAUGACCUAGAACUAGGCCUGCAGGAUCUCCUGUCACCCUGCAUCACCUCAUCCUUCUCUGUCCCUCAGCCUUCAGUCACAUUUAGUCACUGUCUGCCUGUGAGUGCAGUGGUUCUCUUCUGAUAUCUGUGAACUCAGCUGGUGUGAGCGAGCCUUUCCUGCGGGAAGAGCCUUCCUAGGAUGCCCAAGGGAGAGCAGGAUAGGCCGAGCUGUGGAAUGUGCAUUUUCUGGAUGUUGGGGUGACUGAGGCAGUACAUCAAUCACUGAGCUAUUGAAGCAAAUGCUGACAGGCAGGUCAGCCCCUGAUGGCAUAGUAUGCGCCAACUAGUACCCCUGACCCAGCAUUAGGAUCCUGUAACCAUGCCUGUCUCCACUCCGCGUUUUAGGGAAGUGACAUAAAGUGAGAUCACCCUUGCUAUGUCCUACUGUCCUUUCUAGAGCCUUCCUCAGCUGUGCGAGCAUGGUAGCCACUCCUUGCUCCUCCCAUUCUUGCAUUGGAAUGAGUUCAGGUGUAGUAGGACAUGACUCCGAGGUGCUGUGGGACGCAUUGUUCUUGUACGGCAGCACCUGUGGUCUGACCUCUGCUUUGCCCUCGUGCCACCACGAGCCGCCUUAAGGGGAAGUAUGCCAAUGGUUCCAACAUAGACUUCAGAAGUGACUUUGAGACUGUCCCUACUGACCUUUUGAGAUAGUCACUUAGGGGAGAAGGAAGGGUGGCUCUCUCUUGUCUGUCACUUGUUCAUUAUUGUUGCAGAUCCAGUUCCACAGUCAGAAAAUUCUGACCCAUGUUAGACCCACAUGCACUGUUAAGGACAUGGUGAGCCUCUGGGGACAAGGCAGCCCUUGAUGGAAGCAAAGCUUACAGGUGCCUGGAGGUGGCCCCACCAUCGCCUGCAGAUGUCCUCUGUUCACAGCUAGCUUUAGUGAGCAUUUCCUGCCUGGGAGCCUCUGGCCAGUAUCUCUGGGAGGUCACUAAUCCACCCCUGAGGUACGCUCUCUUCCUGUCAUAGCUUUCUCCUAGGGCCCACCAGGCAGGCAUGAACUGGGCUCACUGGCAGGCACUCCUUGGCUAUCCUGCUGAGCUUGUGAACCACAGACAGUUCAGAUUACCUGGGUAAUUCCAGGCAGUAUCUCCAGUCUUGGCUGGUAGUGGCCCAGAUCUAUGUGGGCCCAUGAGCACACAUUCAAACCGUCCUGGGUUAUGAUCUUUAAGGUGUAUUAAUCAGUGUCAAGUACGUUAUAGUGUUUGCCCUCACAGGGAAAAAAGUCCCCUGUUCUGAAACCAGGCCUGUGGUGGGCCGCCACUCUGCUGUGUUCAGCUUUGUUAGGAUACUGUGGGUGUUGGAGGUUGAGCACGGCAGCCUCCAGGCUACCUCUGCUGAGUGUGUAGACAAAGGCAGAGCCACAUUGUGGCACAUUGAGAAAUCGGCAUUGUUCAACCUCCCUGUGAUUUUCCUCUUGUCCGAGACACAGAGACUGAGGACCUCAGCAUCUCAAGAGGUCCGGGGUCAAGGCUAGUUUUCAAGUUUCAUCUGCACAGGAAGGAGGUCUUCCUAGCUUGGCCUAUUGUUCAUCUGUAGUCCCUCACUCAGGAGGUGGGGGCAGGAGGAUCAGGAGUUCAAGGUCAUCUUCAGCUACAUCGGGGGUUCAAAGCCAGCCUGGGCCCAAUAGAACCUGGUCUCAGGAGGGGAAAAAAAACAAUCAAAUAUGGCCCUAAGAUUGCAGGGUAGCAGAGCCCCAGCUUGAGACUUAGCCUGAUGCAGAAGUGAGAUUCACAGCCUGCCUUGUCCCUCCUCACCUGAGACGAAGCAGUGGGUGGUUUCUGCAGCCCAGGGGCACAGGAGGCCUCAGGGACAGUGCUCAACUCUAGAAAAUACCUGCCACUCUAGGUCGCUAAUGUGAGGGAGCCAGGCUUCUGUGUGGGAAAGUAUGUGGAAAGCAGAGGUAUAACUGUGGUGACGUUAGCAGUCCCAGGCCACAGACUCACACCCAACCUUGUCCUUUCUGGGUCGCACCGACCAGUUGUUUUCUGUUAGGGAGGAAAGGUCAGCUAGAACAACUUUAUUCCGGUUCCCAGACCACAUUCAGCCAGGAGACUUGAGAUAGUUCUCUAGUGAGGAAGGGACUCUAGGAGGUGGCACUGGCCCCACAGCCUCAGGGAAAUGACAGGACCCUUCUCAGCAGAGAUUCCUUGGCUCCAGGCUCCUGCCCGCUCCUCCCACCUCCCAUCCCAGCUGCAGAGCCCUCACUAAGGGCUGAGCUCGCCUCACAGCACAGCCUCGGGUCUGCUUAGCUUGAGAAGCCACACAUAGAUGCCCAUGUUCAUGGACCUCCCUAGGAAGUUGGUGAUUUGAGGGACCAGCCUCACUGCAGACUCCAGGCUCUGACAGGUAGUGGCCUGGGCCCAGCUGCAAGCCAUGCUCCCCUGAGAGCUACAACUGCAGAGACUUUGCUCUUCAUCUAAAAAGGACCCCUUUCUAUGGAUUGCCUUGGCUUUGACCCUGAGCUAAGGCUGGCCUUAUCCCAUCCUUAACUCCUAGAUGAUGGGUGUGUUAACGAGGAGGAAACAGACCCUGCCUGGGAAGAAGGUUGGCGCACAGCCACCCUUGUAAGAAGUGCUGGUUUGGGGUCAAGAGCCCUGGUCAGUGGCCUUGCAUUGUGACUUCAUGAUAAAGAUCCCUUGGGAGGGAUGAGUUGGACAUUUGACUGCUAGGAAGUACCAGAGGCUCAGACAGCAGGCAUGUAUCCCCAUGAAUAUUCGAGGACCUGAACAACGGCUGCCUCGGCUGUACCCGGUUUUAAAUGCAGCUUUCUAUAGAGAUCCUACCUGCAAUCUGUUCUUUCUCGGGGUCCCACAUCCAUUUCUUGCCAGCAGCUCCCAGUGAUGCUGUGUUUUGUAUGUUAGUUAUACAACUUCGUGUCCUGCCAGGUCAUGUUCUAAAAUUAAGGCUGAGAAAGGUGUGAGGUCGAAGUUCUCAGGCAGUGCUGUUUCCUGUGAAGAAAAAAAAAAAGGUGUAUCUAUCCAUAGAUAUAGUACUUUGUCUUGUCAGGAGGUGAAAACUGAAAUAAAUUAUCUUUUAAAAAGA